GCAACACAAAUAUUUCCCAUCUUCAAUGUAUCUAUUAUCUUCAAACAAGCUUCUUCUAUCCUUUGACGGUAGCGACUAGCGAGCGUGCGAGCUAGAGAGAGAAAUGGCGAGCGUCUCGGCUGCUGCUCUCUGCUGGAGUUCGAGUGUCUCUAUACCUCCAUCCUCGAAGCCCUCUGCUCCGCUGCCUCGCCGCUUCUCCACCGUGGUUAAAAGCGCCGUCUCUGUUGAGAGGAAGAGAUUGAAUCUACAGAAGUCCGAAGAGAUAUUUGUCGCUGCCAAGGACUUGAUUCCUGGAGGCGUGAAUUCACCUGUACGUGCUUUUAAAUCUGUUGGUGGGCAGCCCAUUGUUUUUGAUUCUGCUAAGGGCUCUCGAGUCUGGGAUGUUGAUGGCAAUGAGUAUAUUGAUUAUGUACUGUCAUGGGGGCCAGCUAUCAUUGGCCAUGCAGAUGACAAGGUUAAUGCUGCUUUAAUUGAAGCUGUUAGAAAAGGCACUAGUUUUGGUGCUCCAUGUGUCUUAGAGAAUACGUUGGCUGAGAUGGUCAUCUCAGCUGUUCCCAGCGUCGAGAUGGUUCGGUUUGUCAACUCAGGCACAGAAGCAUGCAUGGGUGCUCUACGCCUUGCCCGUGCUUUUACUGGACGUUCAAAAAUCAUAAAAUUUGAGGGCUGCUAUCACGGCCAUGCCGACUCUUUCCUUGUUAAAGCAGGCAGCGGAGUUGCCACUCUUGGCCUCCCUGAUUCCCCUGGCGUCCCCAAGGCAGCUACUGCAGAUACUCUUACAGCGCCAUACAAUGACAUAGAAACUGUGAAGACUCUUUUUGAGAACCAUAAAGGUGAGAUUGCUGCUGUGAUAAUUGAACCGGUUGUUGGAAAUGCUGGAUUCAUUGUACCAAAGCCUGAUUUCCUGAAUGCCCUGCGCCAUAUUACCAAGGAAGAAAGUUCUCUCCUUAUCUUUGAUGAAGUUAUGACUGGGUUCCGACUUUCGUAUGGUGGAGCUCAGGAGUACUUUGACAUAACCCCUGAUUUAACUACUCUUGGGAAGAUCAUCGGUGGCGGCCUACCUGUCGGUGCUUAUGGAGGGAAGAGAGAAAUUAUGGAGAUGGUGGCUCCUUCAGGUCCUAUGUAUCAGGCUGGAACAUUAAGCGGGAAUCCUUUAGCAAUGACUGCUGGAAUUCACACUCUUAAAAGGUUGCAAGAAUCUGAGUGUUAUGAGUACUUGGAUAAGAUCACUGGAAAACUAGUUUCCGGAAUUCUAGAAGCUGGAAAGCAGGCAGGACAUGAACUCUUUGGCGGCUACAUACGAGGAAUGUUUGGGUUCUUCUUCACAGAAGGACCUGUAAAUAGCUAUGAGGAUGCAAAGAAAAGUGACACUGCAAAAUUUGCAAGAUUUCACAGGGGAAUGCUAGAAGAAGGUGUGUAUCUUGCACCUUCCCAGUUUGAAGCAGGAUUCACAAGCAUCGCACAUACUUCUCUUGAUAUUGAACAAACAAUUGAGGCUGCCAAGAAAGUUUUCCAGAGCAUAUAGUUUGGGUUAGUAGCUACGACAUCUUGCUUACUGGCAAUGACUCCGCAGCCAUCGAACAACUUCUACAAAAUCUACAUUUCCUAUUCAUUUCUGGCAGCUGAAAUGUGUUUUUCGUUAUUUGCGUGGUACAAUAUCCUACGAACAUCCCAUCAUCAGUGCCACACUCGAAUUGAAAGCUUAUUCAGAUUUCAAUUGGGCUGCUGAUAAAACAGAUCGUCGCUCUAUCAGGUUUUUGUGUUUAUCUUGGUCAGAAAUUGGUGUCCUCGCAUGUGAAGUAAAUUAUUGUUGCUCGAUCUUCUACUAAUGUUGAAUAUAGAGCCUUAGCUGCAGCUGCAAGUGAUAUUAUGUAGUUAAGAUGUUUGCUCGCUGUUUCUAAAAUUUCUGUAACACAACCUACACUAUUUUAUAGCAACAUCUCAGCUGUUGCCUUAGCUAAUAACCCGAUCUUUCAUGCUCACGCAAAA